AUGGCUCUUCUGAAUCGUGAUAACACUUUGCAAGAAAAACUUACGGCUUGUUCAGAAUUGCGUGAUAUUUCCGCCUACAACUGUCCUACAAAGUUGCUAUCUGAAAUAAGGACUUGUGGACACUUCACUGAUGGUCUAGAGGGCUAUGAGGACGAGUUUUAA